GGCGCGGGCGCGGGCGCGAGACGCUGCGCGGCGGCAGCGGCGGGAGCGAGCGGCAGCUGUCAGGCCACCGAGGUCCGAGCUGCACUUGCUGCCCCACUGAGGACGAGGCGGCCGCCGCGAGCUGUGACCUGGUCGCGGAGGAGCCAGGCUAGAGGCACGCAGAGCCGAGCUGCCUGGCAUCUGUAGCCCUGUCCAUCCUCCUUCCCAUUGUGCUGGAGCCCUAAUAAGAGAAUAAAGCUGCAAGAGGGACAGAGAAGAGGGCUGAAGUUGUGAAAAAAUAAAACACAGCUGGGUUCAUUUGUUUGCAAACUUCUCCCUGUUUCGUGUUGCAACAAUGAGUGGAAAAUCCCUUCUCUUAAAGGUCAUCCUCUUGGGUGAUGGUGGAGUUGGGAAAAGCUCACUCAUGAACCGUUAUGUAACCAACAAGUUCGACUCCCAGGCUUUCCACACUAUAGGGGUAGAGUUCUUAAAUCGAGAUCUGGAGGUAGAUGGACGCUUUGUGACACUUCAGAUUUGGGACACUGCAGGGCAGGAACGUUUCAAGAGCCUUAGAACACCAUUCUACAGGGGAGCAGACUGCUGCCUGCUGACCUUCAGUGUGGAUGACCGGCAGAGCUUCGAGAACCUUGGUAACUGGCAAAAAGAAUUCAUCUACUAUGCAGAUGUAAAGGACCCGGAGCAUUUCCCCUUUGUGGUUCUGGGUAACAAGGUAGACAAAGAGGAUAGGCAAGUCACGACUGAGGAGGCACAAGCCUGGUGCCUGGAGAAUGGAAAUUACCCUUAUCUAGAAACAAGUGCCAAAGAUGAUACUAAUGUGACAGUGGCCUUUGAAGAAGCUGUUAGGCAGGUGUUAGCUGUAGAAGAACAGCUGGAACAUUGCAUGUUAGGUCACACCAUUGAUUUGAACAGCGGCUCCAAAGCAAGUUCUUCAUGCUGUUAGAUAUAGGGACUCUGUUCAAAAGUGUGCACUAAGUUGGUUAGUCCAUAGUGUAAGAACUACUGUGCCCUCUGGUAGUAUGCACACACACACACACACACACACACACACACACACACACACGCACGCACGCACGCACACACACACACGCACACACACACACACACACACACACACACACACACACACACACACGUGCGUGUGCACGUGUGAGAGUAAAAGAUAAGGUUCUUCUUUUGAAACAGAACCUUUCAAAUUGAAGUCGUAGAGCAGUUUAAAAAAAGCUUUAUUGAGCCAAGUGUAUUUUGCGUGAUUUCUGCUAUGUCCCCUUCCUGUGUGUCUCAGGACACUUCAGAAAGUGUCAGUCCUGAGAGAUUUGAGUGUUUUUAAAUCACGGUUUAAACCUAGAAGCCAGCCGCAUGACGGAGCGAAAAAGCUUAAAGUGUUCCAUUAACCAGCGAGCAGAUGCCACCACCAGACUUUUGCCAAGCAAUUGAUGCCAUUUCUACCAAAGGGAAAAAUAAGAUUCUGAGCUAGUACAGUGAAAAUAACAAUGGAAGCAAGGAUUUCUGAGAAGGAAUUAGAAAAAUGUGGUGGUGAAGAUUAGGAAUGUAGAUUUUUAAAAUUGCACACUGACUUGUUCAAAUCCUUACAUAUGGUUUAAUCUCAUGAACUUAAAAAAAUCAUCUCAAUAAUGAAUUUAAAAAAUACUCUAAUGACAUUGGAGGUUGAUUCUAAUCCAUGUGUUUGAGUCACAGGACACUAGUGAAUGGAUUAUGCUUAAAUAUGCCAACCCCCUUUGCAAAUACAUGGUUGGCCUGCUUUUCCUUCAUACAGUCUACUGCUGCUGCAUAGAGAUGUUGCUUCCUUGACAACUUAUCAAUUUAGUGAUGCUGCUUAGUAUGUGGCUUUGGGUGCAGUGCUCUCUGCCUAAAAUUUAGAUGGUCCUUUGGUUCACCAUGCUGGCUCAUGAAGAAAGCUUCAGAAAAGAUUGGAGAGUAUCGGCCUAUGCCCACAGGUUCCCUCACUCAGUUGUGUGUUGUAGAGGAAGAAGGAUCUGAUUCUUGGGAUGUCUCACCGAAUGUUCAGCUGGCCAAACUAGGACAUUAAAACUGGCAAGAGCAGAUUUUUUUAAAGCUUUGUGUUAGAAUGAAUUUCUCAUAAUUAGAUUUGUUCAAAAAUGGAAUAGACUGCCUUAAUAGUGAGCUCCCUCCCAGUAAAAGUAGUCACUGGAUGCCCAUCUGUUAAAAUACUGUAAAAAGAAUUACUGUACUGGCUACAUGUUUUAAGGUUCCUUCAGGUUUAAGUUCUGAAUUUGCAACCUAUGUCAGUACCAUGUUCUGGUUGGAUUUAUCUGAAAAUAAUAGUUAAGACUAUAGAGAGGGCCUUAAAAAAUCCUCAAGCCAUUCUGGGAUUAGCCUUUAACAGCAACUACUAUUAAAAAUAUUCCAAAGACACCAUGCUCAAAAAAUGAUUUGACAAUUUUUGAAUGCCAUGACUGCCAAUAAUUACAUACUGUAUUAUGAAUGUGCCAUCUGGUUUUUAUUGGUUGAUCUGCAUAGAUUUUAAUCUGUGCUUUAAAACAUGUAUGACAAAAAUUGUGACCCACUGUAGAGAGGGACAGUUAGAUAAGGCCCCCCAAAGAGAUUUAGGCCUGGGAUGGGGUGGGAGCAUUCACAGGAAUACAGCCUAGAAUUCUCCAUUGUAGCCACACAUGGAAUCAGCCUUACACGUGGGACCUGAUGUGCUUUAAGAACUCUGGUACUUUUUGGCCACAUAGACAAGAGGAGGACAAUAUUUCAACACAGACUUACUCAGUAUUUCCAAUUAUUGUAUAGUCCUGACCCUAUUGUCCAAUUAAUUUAGAUGCCAGAAGUGAAAGCCAGAACUGGGACCCCACAGCUCUUAAAUAUUGGUUCCUAUCCUGCCUAUGCCUAUAGCCAGCCACACUGGUUUCAAUGUUCUACAGUCAUUUUGCUACAAUCAUGUUUGGGUGAAACUCUGUACGUCAGAACUAAUAAAUGGUAAUUGUUUUUAAGUGCAUGAGACCUGGGGCCUUCUCUUUCUACUUGCUCUCUGCUUCUAAUAGUUUCUAUUUGUAGAUCUCAGGCCUUCAUAAAGAUCUCCAUCAGCUCACAAAACCUAUUUGUCUCUGUAGAGUGGCAUGUGGUCAUUUGAGUAAAAAUAAAAGUACAUGGGAAUUCAAUUCAUAGGCUUCCUAUCCAUCGAGACAAGUGUUAAUUUGAUUGGCAGGUAAACUGAAGCCCCUUUCUUCUUAUCCAUAUAUAUUUUUUUCUACCAAAUUACUUCACAAUAUCAAGCACUUAACAGUAAGUGACACAACAGUGGCUUUUUGGUGAGUAACACCCAGUGGGUGCUGACAUACAGUUUGGGUAAGAUUAAAAGCACCAAAAGCUGACAUCUGUGGUACCAGAAACUGUGCAUAUGCGUUUUGAAAUCUGAAAUGUAUACAGAAUGUGCAGUGAAAUAUUUUCAAUAGGUGUUUUUUAAUGAACAGUAGAUUUUUGGAAUAAUGUAUUUCUAAUUAGAAGCAUACUGUUUUUCAAUGGUCCAUUAAAACAUCAUACGAAAUAUUUAUUUAAUUUAUUGUCAUGUAUUGGCUUUUGGGGGGGGCUCAGAUUCCAUAUGUCUUCAGUGGAUUGAUUCAGGUGUAUUUGUACCUGCCUCAGCCAUCUCUACUUUAUCCUGAGGUAUUCCACAAUCCUCUUGUUGCAGGUGCUGCUCAAAAUCUCAAAAUGUGUAUAAGAUACUUUGUUCCAGUUGUUUAAAAAAUCAUCUGUGUCAAAGUGAAUAAAAAGUGCAUUUUGAAUAACCAA